ACAGCGGGAAACGUUUGUGGAAAAACGCCUCCUUACGGCUACAUGAUAGCUUUUCUGAAGUAAAAACGUCGUAUUGUUUGUUUAAACGUUAUUUAAAAGUUAUAGUAACAUGAGUCGAGUGACGAAAAUGCUGAAAGCUCUUCAGAAGGAAACGAAGGCUGGAAGUCAGAAUGUUUUACAAUCGCAAGAUAGUCUCGAUGUUUCCUCAAUAGAGAAGGACAGCUACCUUCAGGGAGACCUGUAUUCUCCUCAUGGUAACCCUCUGCACAGCACUGCAUUAGAAGAUGAAACCAGUCCUCAAACUGAUCAACCCCCAAAACCCACAGCUGGUAAAGGGACAGGUGAGAAGAGAGUGAACAAGGCCCAGAAUGUGACUCCAAAGAAAUCUACCCAAGCUGGGAAAAAUGGAAAAAAUAAAACCCAAGAGAAAGCUGAUGUUCAGUUACAACAGAAGAACACCAAAUCCAAAGAGAAUCGAAGACCAGUAGAGCAAAAAGACCAAGGGCCAAAGUCUCGAAAUCUGCAGACCAUCUCAGAAACCAGAGAGGAAGAUGGUAAAAGGAGAACACAAUCUAAGGGUCCAAUCAGUGAAGCCCUGGCUGAUGACUCGACACCCCACAAAGCUUAUUCCCAAAGGCAGCAGCAUCCAUCUUUAUCAUCAGAGGAGUUGACAGAUGAGGAUGAAAGCUUCAGCCCGAGCAAAAGCAAACCCAAGGUAUUACAUGUAAAACUACAGAGACCAUCCAGUCAGCAGAAGAGACGACAGAAACAGAAGAGAAAGUCUUCAUCUGGAUCCUCAGAUCACGGUAAUCCCACUAAGAAGCCGAAACCUGGAGGAAGUUUGAUUGAUCUUGAUGUUGUCCUUGAAGCUUUUCAGGAAUUUGUCACCGAGUACAAGAAGACAGUGAACUCCGAAUCUGUUAAAAAAGCCAUAGAUGCACUAUCAAACUCAUUUGAGGAGCAACUUACUGAACUGAUCACCGCAACUAAGGAGUUAAACAGUGUGAAACGUAAAGCUGUAAAGAUUAAUGGCACCCUGAACCAAAAAAAGACUCGACUUUUGGAGGCGAAGAAUGAACUAAUCAGGAGUGAAGCUGAGAUGAGGAAGCUGGAGAAAGACCACAAUGAGCUGGAGCAGAGGCUAAAGGCUUUGAAGCAGGGCACAACCUUUCUCACUAACCUAAAACAGCUAAACAAGAAAUACCUGCAGCACCGCACCGCACAUCCCCAUGAGCAAGAAACGUAUGGACCAUCCUGCUUACCAGCAAUGCUCUUGGAAGCCAGGAGCAUCACAGGAACUGAAAGCCAGUUAAAGAUGAUCAAUGACGAGCUUUCAGCAAGUUCUGGAGUAAAUUAGUCACAAGUAGCAAUUUGUAUGAACACUGAGAAGUCAAAAGUUAUAAGUCAGAUAUAAUUAUUAGGUAUCUAGAAUGCCAUGUAAAAUGACGUGAUAAUAAUCCAUAUUACUCUGUGUUUAUUUCUGACUGCAUAAAUCCAUUAAUACAACAUGUUCAAUUUUUCACGACUCACAACUUUGUUAAAGUAUUUAUUUAUUAAUUUUAAUUUACUUAAGGGUAAAUUAGUUAGUCACUGAUAAUGAGUG